GCCAAUUCAAUAGCUUCACCAUAGCGCCAAUGCUCACUGCACGAGCGCAUGCGGCCAUGGAAGCAGUAGCACGUGCCGUGGGUGGAAGCACGUGGUCCGCGCGUCCCGCCAGGGGCGCUGCCGUGAGAGGCGGCGCUGCCGGUCACGUGGUACAACCGCCGCGGCCGGAGAGGAGGGGUCUCGGCGGCCGCGAUGUGGGCACACGCGUUCCGGCCGGCCUGCCAUGAGGGCCUCCGCCGAUGGAGACGACGACGACGGAGCCCCCCGUGCUGCUGAUGCUGCUGCUCUUCGGAUGCCUCGCUUCGCUGCUGCCCGGUGUUGCUGGAAACUGGGACGAUUGGUGGACUUACGAAGGCAUCUCAGGUCCGGACUUCUGGGGACGGCUAAAUCCUGCCUGGAGCCUGUGCAGCACGGGGCGGCGGCAGUCUCCUGUCAACAUAGAACCGCGGCAGCUGCUCUUCGACCCGAACCUCAAGCCGAUUGCGGUUUCAAAUCACAGGGUGGACGGGCUUCUGCAGAACACGGGCCAAGGCAUCGUGUUCCGCCUGUCCGAAGACGACGAACUGGGCGGCGUAAACAUCAGCCUCGGGCCGCUCUCAUACCGGUACCGCGUCUACGAGCUGCGGCUGCAUUUCGGCCGCACCGAAGACCGAGGCUCCGAGCACUCCGUCUCCGGAUUCGUCUUCCCGGCAGAGCUCCAGAUCCUGGGCUACAACUGCGACCUCUACGCCAACGUGUCUGAAGCCAGGCAACGAGCACAGGGCCUCGUCGCAUUAGCAGUUAUCAUUAAGCUACGAGACUCCGCCAACGUAGAACUUCGGCUUCUCACCAGCCAACUGCUGCACCUGGCCUUUAAAGGGUCCCACGUGGCCGUAAAGUCGGUGUCUAUCCGCGACCUGCUUCCUGACACGGACAGUUACAUGACCUACGAGGGUUCGAGCACGACGCCUGGCUGUGAGGAGACGGUCACCUGGAUCCUGAUGAACCGCCCUCUGUACAUGACGCGCCAACAGCUGUUCGCCACGCGGAAGCUGAUGCAGGGUGACGCGUUCCACCCGAAGGCACCGCUCGGGAACAACUUCAGGCCCACGCAGCCACUCCACGGCCGCGUCGUUCGCACCAACAUUGAUAUUAGGAGCGAUGACUGCCCUGGAAUGCAGGUCAACAAGUUUUACCAAGCGAACCUGGAUCUCCUCAGCCGAUAGCAGCCGUGGGCGGACAGUGACGGACGGAUGGAGCACAACGUCGGAUCCGAUAGAAGAAAACGCCGCCGACGGGAUUCGAUCCUUCGGAGAUUGCGCUCCCUGCGCAACGCAGACAGACCCGCCGCCGUGACCUGUACGCUAGGGUGCUCCGGGAAUCGCAACACCAAGCUGACGAUACAGUGUGCCCUCGCGCAAACCAAAGUUUGGUUGACCGAAACUGCCCCCAAACACAGAACUGUAUGAGUGCAGUUUUGACUGAUCUCUCGUGAUUUUUCUCGUCACAAUAAUUAGAACACUCUGUAUAAGUGGAAUAUGUUUCGUUCGCUUCUGUUUAAAGCAACCAAAACGGAGGAUUCCUUGCUGUGAUGAACGUGAGAUGUUGUUACGCUUUACUUGCGGCGCUAUAUUUCGAGGUGAGAGAAAACCCGGUGUAGCCAUGAUUAUCCCAUCGGCAGGUUUCAGUGUGUAACCGCGCAACUAUAGUUGCGGUCAUUCGCACUAAACCUUCGCUAUGUGUAUUGCUGAGCUUGCUUACUAAAACGGAAUGGCAUCGUAAUGACAGAGAGCGUCUCAACGUUGUCACGUAAUCUCGCGGACAGCGUGUUCAGUGGAUAUUUGAUGGACUGAUAGAUUGAUGAGACGCGACCAUUCAAUACGAUGAGGGCGCCCGGUUAAAGCGGGACAGAGACAGUUAGAUAUAUUUGCCAGAUAUACUUGUCCUGUAGAACUUAUUAAGGAUGGGUUUGAUGGUGAUGAACAUCCGGACGACUAUCAUGGUCAUGACUGUGAUGUCGUUUUGCUGUGUCAGUUAUCAUGGCGCAAUAGUGCAACAGCGGCUCCACUUCGCUUGGUGGCGGCAGUGUUUCGUUCGUUUUCUGAAGAAACCCACCCAGCUAUGCCGACCUCUCAAGUUCGUGCGUAAGUUAUUUGCAACGUCCGUGUACGACAUGACGAAAGCGCCGAUAAAGUGACAGUGUCGAUCUUUCUCGCGUAGUAUGUAGUACAAAGGUAACAAAUGUUUCGAUUUCUUGAGCUCUCGACGCAACAACGUCAUCGACGGCCAAAAACAAAGCCGAAGCUUCGGUAAUCGGUUGUCAUCGAGUUCAAAAGCUUCUAUAUUUUUCUGAUCGAUAGAAGCCCGCUAAGAGCAGACGCUGUUAAUGCUAACAGUGUUAUUGCUAUUGUUCGUUGAUUCAUCAGAGCAGAAAAGAGAGACAGAGAGACAAAGAAAAUGAGAUCAGUGUGGUUAACCGGAACAGAAAAUAUGGAAACAUUAAACUGAGGGACAGGAGAGUGGGUGAUGAAAGCGCUGCUAAGAUUCUUAAGGGCGACAAAUCUGCACAAAUGGUUUUAGCCUUAAUUCCUGUUCAUUCUGUGCCGCGUGAUCCUGUGCUGUGAUCACGUGCGAUGCUUGUGAGCGCACGUGAUCGUGUUCCCUGUGCUCUCUGUCUCUUUCUCUCUCUCUUCGUCUUAUAUUAUACCAGAAAGGUUUGUGUUUCUGUCACAACCAAAAGGAGCUGCGUCAAUGGUGGGCUAUUCAUUCGUAUGAAAUUCCUGCGUAGCGUUUUUGUGCAUUCGGUUUUGAGCACUCAUUGUAAAUUGUAGCAAAAAUGUCGCAGAAGAACUAUUAACUCUUGUUCUCUGUGCCAAAGUCCCGCAAACGGUCAUUUUAUGCUCCUUGACAAAGUACUGUCUCAUCGAUAUCGUUCAUUAUGCUUAGCUAGAAUAGGACACCUCAUGUUCUUCCAACGCAAAGCAGCAGGUGCACAAGCUGCACUGCGUGGAAGCGGGUAACUCGGAGAGCAGGGGCUCCUAGAACAGCGAUCACACGCAAAGGCCGCUCAAACACUCGAGGAGCGAUUUGCGUCACCGCUCACUCGACAUUCGAAGUUUUAAAACGUGCAAUAGACAGAAAAUUCAUUCUCAGUUUCGUCACUUAGAGACUGAUUUGAAAAAGAAAAGAAAACAGGGCCCAGUUCCCACGCUUUAUUCUUGAGAGCCGCGUUGAUAUUGGAGGGAACGCUUGCAGGUAUUGAUUUGCGCGCAGUACGUGUGAAAAGUGUGACAGCUACCACCCGGACAAACGCUACUGGUUCUACGUCUUUCAGUGGCACUGUAGCGCUCCUGGAACCAUAAGCUCACACUCUUCAUCGAAGCACCACAGAGCGGCCUACUGAGGGCGUUGUGUUACGUAUGCGGCCUGGGCCCAAUGUGAGUUUGAGACUCGCGCUCCACGCUGUCUACUUUGUCUGCGAGGGUGGAUGUUGUUUAUUUUGCCUUCUUGCGAACUCACCUCACGCCCAGUAUCCCUCCUCUUCCGGUACUCCACGGGCGUGCUACAGACAAGAAGCGGGGAGAGCAUUUCUCCCGGUGCUAUGAGGUGAAGCGACCAAGAUUUUCCUGGAGCGAGAUCGGAGUAUUGGAGUUGAGGUGGUAGUUUAGCGAUGGCGGACUUGGUACGGGGUUCGCAUAUUUCGACAAUACCAAAUGAAGGCUCGAGCAUUUGCAUAGUCAUCGUGGCCAACGGCUGGCCUGGCCGAGCAGAUGGUAUCUAUAUAUUUGUUUGUAUUGUUAAACAUCCGAAAGCCACACUGCUCUUGAGAGACGCCACUGCGAAGGGUUCCGGAUCAGUGUUUACCGCUUGGUAUUCCUUGACGUGCAAUUAAACACACACGAGUGUUCUUCCUUCAGCCCCUAUUGCAGUGAAGCCACCGAGGUUAGCCAUGAUGAAACUACGGCUGAGCAGAAUGCCUAGAGGCUCAGCUUUGUUGAUCACUAAGAGGUAGACGCAAGUGUUUUAAUCACCAUGGAAAUGACAGGAAGUACGCAAACAUCGCUUGUCUUGAAAGUAGACUUGCUCGCGGAAGCACGUGAGGACUUAUUUUAUUUUUAUUUUGUUUUUAUUUAUUUUUUUGAAGUUGAUAUAGUGGCCCACUCGCUUCGCAACCUACCGCCUCUACAGCAACUCAAAAUAUAACAUGCGACACUAAGUGAGUUAUAUAGGAUUAAUCGCAACGAAUUCUGGGAAACACUUAGGCACCACGCUCGAGGGGGUAAAUUGGUUUCGACAGUGCCAACGGGUAAUUAAAUCAAGAUCUCCAAGAAAGGUUGAAUGGGAGCGAUCUCGUAAUUGUCAUCUAACGAAUCUGCGCUGAUAAGUUAGCUUCAAGACGGUUGGUGUAAGGAGCUACGUGUACGUCCCAAGUCAAGUCACUGUAAUGUCAGGAGAAAUCCAAGUGUCAUUCAUUACUCUCGCGCUGGUUCGACUGCCGUGCUGGCGACUACCUUAGAUACUUGCGGCAAAUUUCACCUCAGUAAUUAUUUCAUCAAGCUUCAUCGUUUCGUUUAGGUGUAACCGGCUCCGUGCUCUCCUCACUACGGCUCGCGAUUUACCGAACGAGACCACUUAGCCAAUGCUACCCUCUUCACCUUAGCUCGACCUCAGCUGUGACGAGUGUGAAUCUACGUGAUCCUCGAAUGACGACUACCUCACGCUGAGAAGAAUAGUGUCAAGUGCCAUUCACAAGUUGACUCAAGCGAACGGUGACAGAUGCCACGUGUAUGUUUUUUUUUCUUUAACUUCGCUGCCCUCUUCUGUCUAGAAAAGUAAAACGUAACUCUCCUACCUAAAUCUUUUUUUUUUUUCGGAAGAGAGAGAGAGAGAACACUGUCUCCUCAAGGCAUACAUAUAUGUUCCAAAUUACUUCAUUCUAAAGGUACACCAUCUCACUGACGGUAGGUCUUGACCCGAGAGUGAAACCAAUAAUUGCACGUCGGCAAUGACAUUUUACUAAUGAUGAUUGCACCUCGUGCGAAUGCUAACGUUGAAGCCAAAUACAGACAGCUUACAAGAUGUUUCGAACACGAAUACAAAAUUAUAAGGUUUUGUCGAUGGAUCUCACACGAAAGUCCAUUUCGGUUUCCUUUUCAAAGUACAGAGCGCACCACAUGUUGAAGCUCAAAUCAAGCAGACUGAGAAAUCCCCUUUGUAUAUUUCUUAGUCUGAUCUUGAAAUUUUCCUUCCUUUGUUCGCCACAAUGAGCUAUAUUGAAACCACUGAGGCAUUUACUAUUCACUGUCUCCUCAACACUUACGUGAGGGCAAGUAAAACAAAGAUUGUGCAUCUUGGAAAGAACCAGCUUCUCUGUGAAGUUGAUCAUGCUUUCCCUCUAUAUUUUUUGACACCAACUGAGCCUCUCUAAAAACAAAGAACUCCGUAUCUCCUUUUGCUUGCUGUUGUGUGGUCAGCUUCCUGCUGCCAUUUUCCCAUACAGUUAGCAAAUAAAAUAAAAAUAAAGACAGAAGCGGCCAACUGGUCACGCCGAAGUUGUUGCAGUUUUCUCGCGUUUGCACUGUUAUUUGCAUGAUUGCUCUUACUGGCUCUUGAAUUGCUAUAUAUUACAUGAAUGUGCAAUUCAUAUUGCCUGUACCGAAUGUCGAACACCGCAAUACACGUGUACAAACGCGAAGUGCAAGAACUUGUGUUGAUGAUUUGUCAUGUCGUUGGCUGCAUUGCGACCAUGUAAGGGUUGAAAUUUAGGAAAAAUUAAAAUGAUACGUAAC